AAACAAUUGUGUAUAUAUGGAUCGAUGUAUCACGGAGCCAAUAAUAAUAGUGUAGCAUAUAACUUGUGGAAAAUGCCGUCCGAUGAAACAUUCUUUCACUACGCGGUCGUGACGUUGUUUCUGAUAACCCCGCCAACAUACCUCUCCUGCCGUUACACGACGGCGCCAUACGGCAGACACCACCGUAAAGGCUGGGGACCCACCAUCCCGUCAUCGUUAGCUUGGUUCUUAAUGGAAUCCCCAACUGUGUGGUUCACCCUUGUGCUGUUUCCGUUGGGUCAACACAAGUCAAACCCCAAAUCCAUCAUUUUAAUCUCCCCUUUCCUUUUCCAUUAUAUUCACCGCACCUUCAUUUACCCGCUUCGCAUCUACCGCAGUAAAAAACAAUACCCAGUUAGUAUAGCUCUCAUGGCUUUUAUUUACAAUCUUUUUAACUCUUAUUUGCAGACCAGAUGGGUGUCGCAGUACGCUGAUGAUUAUGAGAGUGAUGUUUGGUUUUGGAUUCGGUUUUGUUGUGGCCUGUUGGUUUUUACCGUGGGGAUGUUUGUUAAUGUGAGAUCUGAUAUGAUGUUGGUUAGAUUAAAAAAAAAAGAUGAUAAUGUUAAAAACGGGUAUAAGAUUCCUAGGAACGGGUUGUUUGAAUAUGUGAGCUGUGCUAAUUAUUUUGGUGAGAUUGUGGAGUGGUUUGGUUGGGCUGUGAUGACCGGAUCAUGGGUCGGGUUGGGUUUCAUGUUGUAUACAUGUGCUAAUUUGGUUCCGAGGGCAGUUGCUAAUCAUAAGUGGUAUUUGGAGAAAUUUGGUGAAGAUUAUCCUAAGCAAAGGAAAGCUGUUUUCCCUUUUCUGUAUUGAUGAUUUUAUGAAAGCAUUUCUUAUUGUUUUGUAUGUAUUGCUGAUGAAUAUUGAAAAUGAUCUUUGAUAUGUAUAUAUGAUAAGUAGAAUAUACUUGGUUGGUGUGAUGUAUUUUGAUGUAUGUAUAUAUUUUAUGAUUCGAUUUUUUUAUAUGUUUGAA